GUGCAGAGAGAUACGCGCGCAUCAUUCGGUUCAUCAAAGAGCACGAGCGCUUCAUUGACAGGCUCUUCAUACAGACAACCCGUGGCUUUAAACUGUUGCCCUGAAGCUGGAUCGAGCCUGGUUGCUCGAAAGAGGACGCUGAGAAGGAACAAUACCGAGACAGCCUGUGUAUCGUUGGCAAGUGAAUAUCAAUUUUCAGACUGAGCCCGUCUUCUGUUGACAGCGCCUUACCAAGCGUCACUGCAGAGGAAAACAGACGCCAGUUUCUCUCGGCGCUUGUUAUAACACAAAAGCAAUGCCGGGCUUUGACUACAAGUUCCUCGAGAAACCCAAGAGACGCUUUCAGUGUCCUCUUUGUAGCAAAGCGAUGAGGGAACCCGUCCAAGUUUCCACAUGUGGACACAGAUUCUGCGACACCUGUCUGCAGGAAUUUCUCAGUGAGGGGGUCUUCAAGUGCCCCGAGGACCAGCUCCCACUGGAUUAUGCCAAGAUUUAUCCUGACCCUGAGCUGGAGCAGCUGAUAUUAGCACUGCCCAUCCGCUGUAUUCACAGUGAGGAGGGCUGUCGCUGGACCGGCCAGAUGAAACAGCUACAGAGUCACUUCUCCACCUGCGCAUUCAACGUGAUCCCCUGCCCCAACCGCUGCUCCGUCAAGCUAACUCGCCGGGACCUGCCUGAGCACCUGCAGCACGACUGCCCCAAACGCAAGGUCAAGUGCGAGUUCUGCGGGAGCGAGUUCACAGGAGAGGCUUUUGAGAACCACCAGGGCAUUUGUCCACAGGAGAGCAUCUAUUGCGAGAACAAGUGUGGAGCAAGAAUGAUGAGGAGACUCCUGUCCCAGCACACCAUGACAGAAUGCCCCAAACGCACCCAACCCUGCAAGUACUGUGGCAAAGAGUUCGUCUAUGACACUAUCCAGAACCAUCAGUACCACUGCCCUCGCUUUCCCGUGCAGUGCCCUAAUCAGUGUGGAACCCCAAACAUCGCCCGAGAGGAUCUGGCUAACCAUGUGAAGGAGAGCUGUGGUAGCGCAUUGGUCCUCUGCCCCUUCAAAGAGGCUGGCUGCAAACACAGAUGCCCAAAGUUGGCUGUUGGUCGACACAUGGAGGAGAGCACCAAGUCCCACCUGACGAUGAUGUGCAGUCUGGUGGGGCGGCAGCGACAAGAAAUCCUGGAGAUGAGACGAGAAAUGGAGGAGCUGUCCGUCAGUCACGACGGCGUUCUCAUCUGGAAGCUGACUGACUACUCACGCAAACUGCAGGAGGCCAAACUCCGCAACAACCACGAGUUCUUCAGCCCGCCCUUCUACACACACCGCUACGGCUACAAGCUGCAGGUGUCCGCUUUUCUAAAUGGUAACGGCAGCGGCGAGGGCUCGCAUCUUUCCAUCUACAUCCGCGUGCUGCCCGGCGAGUACGAUAACCUGCUGGAAUGGCCCUUCUCAUAUAAGGUGACUUUUUCCAUUUUGGACCAGAGCGAUCCAUCGCUGUCCAAACCUCAGCAUAUCACAGAGACCUUCAACCCUGACCCCAACUGGAAGAACUUCCAGAAACCUUGCAGCAGCCGGAACUCCCUGGACGAGAGCACACUGGGUUUCGGCUACCCCAAGUUCAUCUCGCACGAGGAGAUCAAAAAGAGGAACUACAUUCGUGACAACUCCAUCUUCCUCAAAGCUUCUAUAGAGAUCCCGCAAAAAAUCAUGGCUUGAGUUUAAUGGGACAUGAGUGAAGAUUUGUCUUGACAAGUCUUGAUGGACCCAUCUCAAAAACUCUGAAAGCCUCAGAGAUUGUCUGUCUGGUUAUUUAGCUGGCUUCAGGAGCCCGUAUUUAAGUGCUUGAUUGGCAAAGUCAUAACUUUGAAGUGUUUUGGAUUUGCUUUUUAACACAUUCUUCCUCAAUCUACAGCAACGCCUUUGGACAUUCAGUAGUGCCUAGAACAUUUAUUUGAAUUUAAAUGUUAUUUUUAAAGUGUGAUGUAUGUUAUUUCCCUAACAGAUAUCAAGUAUAAGUAAAAGGCUAUUCAUAACAUUUGCACUUUGAGAAUGUUUGAAUAUUCUUCGGAGACAAGGCAACGGAGCUCUAAAACACAACAGCAUGCUGCACUGUUAUGUCUGUGUUAGGAAUUUAGCGUACACACACUGACACAAAAACCUUCUUGGCUCUUUUGUGUACACACUUUCGCCCGGCAUUGGCUCUUGAAAAGAAACUCAGUGAUGGGGUCAAAAGGACCUAGCUUUCCUGUUUAACUUGUUUUAAGUAAACUAACAACGGCUGUGAACUAAAUGUAGCUUAACCUUUUAGUUAGCUUUUGUCGCUCUAGCAGUAUGAGACAAGCUAGACUUAGACUCCCAUUUUUAAUGGUGUAUUGUAGUACUUGGUACAUCAAAUUUCAACACCCUGUUGUUCUUAGCCCACCAGGACUUCUGCGCCAAUGUUCCGUUUGGGAGCGAUUCCAGGAUUUUAAUGGGUGAAGGUGCUAAAAACGUUCUUUUUUUUUCAUUAUUGGACAAUGGAAGCGAAACCUUUUGCAACUCAUGCACUCCAGUCUGGAUCGAAAGCCAUGCGAGAGUUUGUUUACAUUCAGUCUCUGGGUGUUUGGCGAGGAUUACAUUAACAGGUCACAUGAUCUUUCACGUGGACCACUUUUUGUACUGUAUUCUUAACCAGCAAUGUGUCGAGGACUUGUUACGUUGUGGCGGACGAAUGGUCAAAAGGAACCAAAUUUCUUUUUUUGUGUGUGGAGAAAAAAAAUGUGAGCAACACCUGUUGCGUUUGUGUAAUUAAUGGAGGGUGUUUUGAAUGUGAAAUCUGGACUCAAAUGUGCGGUACACACUUUCUGUUUUUUGUCUUACUAUGCCGGUCAGUGGUAGCUGAUGGAUAGAAAAGUGCGGGCACUUGCCACGGUUGCCCCCAAAGUGUGUUGGUGCCUCAGGUGCGAGAGCGUCUUUUUCGAGCAGCGCUGGUAGCCAUGGUUACCUGUGCCUGCAAAGCAGCAUGUGAAUGAGAGGAGAGUUCUUCCAUGUGCCUGAGGAAGAUGAGCCUUGUGCAAUAUGGCUGCUAUUGCUCCAUACAGACCAGUGGAGGACUUUGUUGAUAGUUAUUAUAUAUUAUAUGUGAAUACUAAUAAAAAAUGCAAAAGCACAUUCUUCUUCACAUUUAAUCUUGCUAUGAUACCAGCUAAUAUUUUGCAAUGAUUUUGAGAAAACCUGAAAAAAAAAAAAACUUUUUGAUAAGAUUGUGUAUUUUACAAAGUACUUCAGAUGUUUUCUACAACACUUUUUUUGGAAAUGAGUUUGAGGGGUUGGGGAUGUUGACAUUUUAUGGACCCUUUUUAUGUUUCACCCCUGUGGCAUUUGCUCGAUCGUUUGUCUGGUUUGGAUUUUGCAUAUUAUGUCUGUAUUAUUUCCUAUUGAAAGUAUUUAUUUUAAGGCACCAUGACAUAAGCUUGUUUAAAGAAAUGGUGCAGAUGUUUUUAUAUGUUGAUUUGAUGAUUGCUUGUCAAAUAUCAUUUGGAAUAAAACAAUGUCUGAA